AUGGAAGUUGCCGGAAAGAUUGAGACUUUGGUCGAUUCAUUGAGGGAUUUGUCGCCGACACGUGUCAGAUCCUCCUCCUUUGAUGAACCUGUAUCCGAGAAUGAUGUCCAGAGAUGCUCCUGGAUGACUCUUCAUCCGUCGGCUUUGGAUAAGUUCGACAAAAUCAUGAGUGAUGCAGAGGACAAACAAAUUAUUAUGUUUCUUGAUUACGAUGGAACUCUAUCACCAAUUACCGAAGAUCACGACAAUGCUUACAUAACGAAUGAGAUGCGGGAAGUUGUAAAGGAAGUGGCUUUGUAUUUCAAGACAGCGAUCAUCAGCGGAAGAAGCACAAACAAAGUACAGAGUUUUGUGAAACUCACCGGAAUUUACUAUGCCGGGAGCCACGGUAUGGACAUUAAGGGUCCAACCAAAAUCGAUCAGAGUGACCAAGAAGUGAUGUUUCAACCUGCAAUUGACUAUUUACCGAUGAUCGACGAGGUUGUUGGUAUUUUGAAAGAAAAGACAAGAUCGAUCCCUGGAGCUACCGUAGAGCACAACAAGUUUUGUCUUACGGUGCAUUUUCGUCGAGUUAAUGAAAAGAGAUGGCCUGCACUAGCCGAGCAAGUGAAAUCGGUUCUCACUGAUUAUCCGAAAUUGAGACUGACCGAAGGCAGAAAGGUGUUAGAACUCCGACCUUCCAUCAAAUGGGACAAGGGAAAGGCCCUCGAAUUCUUGCUUCACUCAUUUGGAAUAACAGAAUCUGAUGAUGUUUUACCGGUUUACAUUGGGGAUGAUCGUACCGACGAAGAUGCAUUUAAGGUUUUACGUGAAAGGGGACAAGGUUUUGGGAUUAUCGUGUCAGAAACUCCCAAGGAAACCAACGCGUCCUAUUCUCUUCAAGACCCAUCUCAGGUUAGAGAAUUUAUAAAGCGUCUGGUAAAGUGGAAGAAACAAACACUUGGAGAACAAAGUGAUGAAUGA